AUGGGUGGCAGUAGCAAAAAGAAACGAUCCAAGAAACAACAGGAUGAUGGUAAUGAUGACGACCAAGAGAUUACGGAAAGUCGAUUCGCGGCCGCCUCGACGCAUCCUCAGUUUCGUCCCUUGAAGCAAACAGAAUCCAAGGUCGUCCUCGAUGAUCGUUUUUCCUCGGUCUUGACGGAUCCCCGCUUUCAAUUGGAGGGCCGAGACAAGUAUGGACGCAAGGGAAAGAAGAGUAAGGCAAAGACUUCCGUCAAGGAAGAAUUGAGUUCCUUUUAUAUGGUGGAAGAAAAAGAAGACGAAACCACCAAAGAACAAGCGAAAACGAACAAAUCCAAAAAGGAGCCACAACCCGAGGAUUCUUCUUCUUCUGACGAUGACGACGACGAUUCUGGGAGCGACAGCAGUGACAGUGACUAUGAUGAUGGGAAGAAGAAUAAGAAUGAUUCCAAGGAAAACAAGGCAGAGAAAAAGGAAGAUGCAGCCUCGCGCAUUGCUUACCUCACCGCCUUGUCUCGGGGUGAAAUCGAUGAAUCCUCCUCUUCGGACGACGACGGCUCAUCCCAAUCUUCGGACGACGAUGAUGGAGAAGAAGAUGAAGGGGAAGACCCCGUAUAUGGAAAUGCUGGAAUCUUGGAUCCUUCUACUCAACAAGAACAAGAUGAAGAAAUUGAAAUAUCCUACGAUAGUUCACCAUUUUUGGUGGUGCAAAACAUGGAUUGGGAACACAUUCGGGCCGUCGAUUUGUUCAGUCUGCUCAAUAGCUUUACGACCAUGGGAGCGGUCAAACGGGUUCAAGUCUUUCAAUCCGAUUUUGGCAAGGAACGCAUGGAAAAGGAGCGUUUGGAAGGACCAAGUGGUAUUUGGAAGAAAGGCACCAACAACAACAACAACAAGGCACAACCAUUGAAAAAAUUUGUCGAAGAGGACAGCGAUAACGAAUCAUCAGCAUCAUCCAAAGAAAACGGAGACGAUAACUCUGUUUCUUCUAGCCAAGAAAACGAUAGUGACGAUGAUGAGGAGGAGAGUGUACAACAACAGCCAGUCGGCGACAAUGACUUUGAUCCCGAAAAGUUGCGGGCCUACGAAGCUUCCAAACUCAAGUAUUACUUUGCCAUUGUGGAGUUUACUUCGGCAGAGUAUGCCGACGUUGCCUACCGCGAAGUGGAUGGAAUGGAAUUCGAACGUUCCAGUUCGGCCAUUGAUCUAAGAACUUUGCCAAAGGAAGCCUACGAAGAAGUCACGCAAGGUCGCAAAAUGAGAGACGAAGCUACCAGCAUCCCUGGAAACUACGAACCACCCGAGUUUGUAGUCAAUGCUUUGCAGCAAACUUCUGUGGAAUGCACUUGGGAUCAGGGCGAUGUGGAGCGAGAGCACAAAUUAACUCAAUACAGCAGUGGUGGCUGGCAAAAUAUGACAGAAACAGAUGACCUCCAAGCCUACUUGGCAUCGGAUGCCUCGAGUGACGAUGAUUCUGAUGACGAAAAGGCGCAAAAGGGAUCGGCUAUGCGCAAGUUGCUAGGUCUGGACAGUGGUUCGGAGGAGGAUGGAAGCGGUGAUUCUUCCUCGGACGAUAGCGACUCGGAAGAGGAGAAGGAUGUCGAGGCCAGCAUGUCCAAAGAAAUCAGGUACAUACCUGGUCAAAAGGAUCUCGAAGAAAAGAUUCGAUCCAAACUCAAGGGGGAGAGUGAACCCAAGGAAGAGCUCACACCUUGGGAAAAGUAUCAAGAAAAGCGAAAGCAAAAGAGACGCGAGAGGAGGCAGGCUGCUCGUGGACGCAAGAAUGAACCUGAAGGUAGAAAAUCAGGGCCCGAGUCAGAUGAUGGAGAUGAAUCUGUCCAGUUGGGUGCCGGUGACAAUGAUGAUUUCUUUGUGGAAAGUGACGAUGAUAACAAGCCAAAAAAGACGAAGAAGAAGAACUCCAAAUCAAAACAAGGCAAGCGCCAAGACCAAGAAACUUCGAAAGCACAAUCGGCUAACACUGCCGAGUUGGAACUCUUGUUGGCUGGUGACAAUGAUGAAGAGCAGGAAAAGGACUUUGACAUUCGUGGAAUUCAACGCAUCGAAAAGAACAAGGGCAAGAAGUUAAAGGGAGGCAGAAAGCGGAAAGAAGAGAAAAUCACCAAGGAUGUUUCUGGAACCAACUUUAAGGUCGAUGUAGAAGACAAUCGUUUCGCUGCCGUCUUGAACGGAGCCGACGGUAAAUUUGGAAUCGACAAGACGGAUCCCAAUUAUAAGGAUACAGCUGCUAUGCGUGACAUCUUGACCGAACAAACCAAGAGGCGAAAGAAGAAACGACAAAAGACCAAGGCUAGUACAGAAUCUGCGCCAAAUGUCAAUGCUGAUAGCAAUGCCAAGACAAGUGGAUCCAACGCAUUAAGCUCUUUGGUGCAGAGGUUGAAGACUAAGGUAGCAAACCAAUAA